CUGACGUGUUGGGCCCGCCGCCGAGCGUGAGGAUGCAGUAGGCAGGCAGGGUCUAGGGAGGACUUGUGGCCACAGCCCAGGGGUCGCCAGUCUAUUGAGGCCAUCUAUCAUGUAUUCCUUUCCCUGUUACUGUGGUGGAAGACUCUUAACAAAAGCAACUUAAGGAAGGAGGGCCUUAAAUUUUCCCCACAGCUCAAUAUGCAGUCCGUCCUGUGGAAGUUAGGGCACUAAGAGCUUGAAGCAGCUGGCCAUAUCCCAUCCACAGUCCAGAAGCAGGGAAUCUUGAGAGCCAUGAAUGCUUGUUCGUGCCCCUUUUCCUUCAUGCAGUCCAGCAGCCCCUACCCACGAGCAUAUGGGCCUCCUCACGUCAGUAAACCUGAUCAAGAGAAUCCCUUACUGGUAUGCUCCCAGGCCCAUCUGCCAGGUGAUUCUAGAGUCUGUCAGGUUGACAACACUAACAAUAUGUGGAACGCAGGGAACAGCAGAGACUUCAUUGAUGAAGUAAACAGUUGUUAAGAUGGCUGUUUCUAAGUGUCUUCAGAGUUGGCUGGGGACCUUGAUCAGGAAUAUUAAGAGAGCUCCUUGCAGCACCUUGAGGUUGAGCUGUCAGCUGGAGCUGCCUGAAGGGCAGUGGGGUGGUCUUGGUGGGAUGGGAAUGAAGGCAGAAAAGAGAAGCUGGGUUCCAGCCCUCAGGCAGCUGGAACCAAGUUCUUGUUGGCUGAGUUGGACACUGGCCAAGAAGCUGUCCAGAAAGCAGAAGACUCCAGAGACCGUGGCAAGUUGCACACAAUAAUAGGUCUCUGAGGAGGAAGUGGCCAGUUUCAUGAGAGGAGCCACAGAAACUUGGGCCCUGGAGAGGUGACAGGGAAGGAGCAGCAGGGGUGGCCUGGGUGAAUGGCCUGACAUUGGAAAGCUUCACUCUAGGUGAUGGAAUGGCUUCUGCUAUGGGCCAGUGUUGUUAAAUGCCACUCCUCAUGCCAGUGACACCCCUGCCCAAAAAGCAGAGAAACUGAGCCCACACAGGCAAGAUAACUUGGAGUCUCAGUAGUAGGUGGACACAGAGGGUUUUCUCUUUGACAUUAGAGCCAGUGCUUUGAAGCACUAAGCUACACAUCCGAGGUACAGCUGAGGAGGUAGAGAGCAGCCAGGUGCCACAGCGUAGCCCCGCCCUGCUCUGAGGUAGCUGCUUUUUCUUGGGGAAAGGGAGACUGAAUUCCUGGCUUGGGCAGAUGUGAUUGGGAAGCCGGCUCUCCUUUCCCAUGGAGCGAGGGUGAGGACCUUAGCAGUUUCACGUCUGUAUGUCCAGUGUGAGGCAAACCACUGCAUGGUGAUGACCUGUGGAGCACCUCCUCUCUGGGAGUAGCAGUUGGAGACCAGGGCAAGGUCCACCUGGUCCACUUGAGCUCCUAAAGACCUGCAGUAGAACGGGGAACCUGUGACCUCUGCGACCAGCUGGCCAUGGAACAGUUUGGCUCUGGCCACCAGCCCCUUAGGUGAGGACUCCAUCUGGGGUCCACAAUAUGGAAGUCAAGAAGACUCUUCCAGCCAGGGAAACUGUCCUUUGAAAACCAUGCUCCAGCUCUGCUGGUUCUUGACGCCAACCAUCUUCAAGAGAGGCUCCUGUCCCUGUUGGCCCACAGAUGGGGAGGUGGGCCCUCGAUGUGGCCUUUGUGUGGAAGGCAGUGCUGACGCUGGGCCUGGUCCUUCUGUACUACUGCUUCUCCAUAGGCAUCACCUUCUACAACAAAUGGCUGACCAAGAGUUUCCACUUUCCGCUCUUCAUGACCAUGCUGCACCUGGCUGUGAUCUUCCUCUUCUCCGCCCUCUCCAGGGCACUGGUUCAGUGCUCCAGCCACAGGGCCCGGGUGGUGCUCAGCUGGACUGACUACCUCAGAAGAGUGGCCCCCACAGCACUGGCAACAGCACUUGAUGUGGGCCUGUCCAACUGGAGCUUCCUCUACAUCACCGUGUCACUGUACACAAUGACCAAAUCGUCCGCCGUGCUCUUUAUCCUCAUCUUCUCUCUGAUCUUCAAGCUGGAGGAGCUGCGUGCAGCCCUGGUCCUGGUGGUCCUCCUCAUCGCUGGGGGCCUCUUCAUGUUUACCUAUAAGUCCACGCAGUUCAAUGUGGAGGGCUUUGCCUUGGUGCUGGGAGCUUCGUUCAUCGGUGGCAUCCGCUGGACCCUUACACAAAUGCUUCUGCAGAAAGCCGACCUGGGCCUCCAGAAUCCCAUUGACACCAUGUUCCACCUGCAGCCACUCAUGUUCCUGGGGCUCUUCCCUCUUUUUGCCAUUUUUGAAGGUCUCCAUUUGUCCACCUCUGAGAAAAUCUUCCGCUUCAAGGACAUGGGACUGCUCCUACGGGUCCUUGGGAGCCUCCUCCUUGGCGGGAUUCUGGCCUUUGGUUUGGGCUUCUCGGAGUUCCUCCUGGUCUCCAGAACGUCCAGUCUCACUCUCUCCAUCGCUGGCAUCUUUAAGGAAGUCUGCACCCUGCUGCUGGCAGCUCACCUGCUGGGUGACCAGAUCAGCCUCUUAAACUGGCUGGGCUUUGCCCUCUGCCUCUCUGGCAUCUCCCUGCACGUGGCCCUCAAAGCCCUGCAUUCCAGAGGUGACAGUGGCCCUAAGUCCCUGAAGGGCCCAGGCUCCAGCGCUGACCUAGAGCUGCUGCUGCUCCGGAGCAGCCAGCAGGAGGAAGAAGAUGAUGAGUAUUUUGUGACCCAGGGGCAACAGUGACCAGCCCAGGAGCCAUGGAAGCAGGCCACUCUGCAGUCAGCGCUGCUGGCGGGGACUGGGGUCCAGCUGGUUCCUGAGGGUAUCCGCAGUAGUGGCCUCGGAGACCCUUCCCUCUGGAGCUUGGUCCUGACUCACCCAGGACCCAAGCUGUCAGUGAAGGGAGCCUGGGGCCUCAUCCCCACAGUUGUCCUGACUCCGAGAGCCAGGGUGAACUUCAGAGGUAUGGUAGUUUCUCAGGUUUAGACUGCGGGACAGCUGGGAAGGAAUCCUAAAGAGGCUGGGCCUCAUCACCUGGACAGCAGCUUCCUCAGAAGGUAGAUUAUUUAUAGUUGAAAUAAUGAUUUCCUUCUCCGCUGCCUAGUGUUGCCUGAGGCAAGAGAGCAAGGAGAGCCCAGGGGCCUGGCCUUUCCUGCUUUCCCUGCCUGGGGCCUUGUCCUCUGCCCUGCCUUCUGUAGCUCAUGCUCCUGUUUGUGUCCCAGACCCCACCCUUGGGCCACACCACGGAUCUACCACAGGAAAUAAAUGAGUUUUUCUCAGUA